AUGAUCGGUGGCCUGGACAAUUAUCGCAAGGCUAUCAAGAAUAUCAAAGCCAUCGAUGCCGAGCUGAAGCUCAUUAUUGCUGGCAAUCACGACGUUUCUUUGGAUCCAAAGUGGUGGGCCGAGAAUCUCGAUGAGGACGACGACAUUCCGGACGAUCUUGACGAACCUGCCAAAGCAAAGCUUCUCUUCAAAAAGGAAGAGGCUAAUAGUGUCCAUCUUCUCGAGGAGGGUACUCAUAGUUUCACCUUGGCAAACGGCAAGGCAUUUAGCAUCUACUGUUCGCCAUACACUCCAGACUUCCACGGCUUCGCAUUUUCCUACCGAGACGAAGACCGCUUCACCAAGGGAAUCAAUCCGAUCAAAAAGAACGCCGACAUUGUCAUGACGCAUGGGCCACCGCUGCCACCUGCUUCGUUCAUUGCCCAUGACUCCUGGCAACUUGACCUCAACUCCAAAGGGGUUCACUUCGGAUGUCCAAAGCUAUUCAGUGCUGUUCAGCGGGUCCAGCCUAAGCUCCAUUGCUUUGGACAUAUCCACGAGGGGUAUGGUGCUCAGUCGGUUGUGUGA